UCGAUCGGAAGCUUUGAGACGAGCAACGUUUAUUCCUCGGUUAAAGGUUUUUUUUGGGGGCUGUCUACCCCCACCGACCACUCCUCCUCCCGUGGAACCUGCCGUUAACCGCCGAAGGAACUCGCGUCGCGUGAAAUAACUCCAGGCGCAAGAUUUUUUUUAUCGAAGAGCCCCAACCGCCACAAAAGUUGACAAGACGAGACUAGCUAGCUCACGCGUUAACUAGCUCGCGGUGCUGCUGGUCGGAGCACGAGCCCCUCGUCUUUUCGCAAAGACAGCUUGUUUUGUUCUUCUUCGUCUUCUGCUUAUUUGACCCCGCAACGUUCCCGUCGGAAACCGAAGACUACUACGCGGCGAGGGGGUGAGAGCGGAGAGCCGGUUGCCUCCUUGCUAGCUCGCUAACUAGCUAACACCCUGCGCAGCAUUCAAGGCCUCAAGUCUGCCAUCUGCCGCCUGAGUCUUUGCGUCGCCGUGCAGCGAGAGGCGACAGCUUACUUGGUGACACAGUGACUUCUCCCUGAGGAGCCAAGAAGCAGACGGCUCAUGACUUCUGACCAGGACACGAAAGUUGUAGCUGAACCACAGGUGCAGCAAGUACAAGAGGCAAAGGAGAACUCUCAUUUGGAAUCCGCCAAGGUUUCGGACCUCAACCCCAAUGCGAAGGCAUGGGCCAACCACAUGUUUAGCCUGGACCCCAGCGGGAGUGCUGACGCCACAACUGCUGCCCUGCAGCCAUGGAUGGAGGGCUGCAAUAGUUCAGCCGACCCCGGCCCAGAAGUCUAUGAAGCCAGAGAGGACAAGGCUUUCAAGGAGCCCGUACUAGCCGAACCAGAUGAGCCUCCACCGGCGCCAGUGAUGCUGGCCGAGCCGGCCUACGCGGAGUACCCCGAGCCGGGGCAACCAGGACGCACAGGCAGCGAUGCCCAGCAAGGGAGUCCCCAGGAGGGUCUGAGGGAGCACCUGAAGAAGACUUUGGAGUUCUGUCUUUCCCGGGAGAACCUGGCCAGUGACAUGUACCUCAUCUCCCAGAUGGACAGCGACCAGUACGUGCCGAUCGUGACGGUGGCCAACCUGGACCACGUCAAGAAGCUCAGCACCGACGUGGAGAUGAUCGUCGACAUUUUACGAUCUCUGCCGUUGGUCCAAGUGGAUGAGAAGGGGGAGAAGGUGCGGCCCAAUCAGAACCGCUGCAUCGUGAUCCUCAGAGAGGUCCCCGAGACCACGCCCAUAGAGGAGGUCGAGGCUCUGUUCAAAGGGGACAACUUACCCAUGUUCAUCAACUGUGAAUUUGCCUACAACGACAACUGGUUCAUCACCUUUGAGUCCGAAGCCGACGCUCAGCAGGCGUAUCAGUAUCUCCGCGAGGAGGUCAAGACCUUCCAAGGGAAGCCUAUUAAGGCGAGGAUAAAGGCGAAGGCGAUCGCCAUCAACACUUUCAUGCCAAAGAACGGUUACCGGCCGGUGGAGGUGAACCCGUACGCCCAGCAGCAGCAGCAGCAGCAGCGCUACACGUCCUACUACAUCCCGCCGGUUUACAGCCCCCAGCAGCAGUUCCCCCUGUACAGCCUCAUCACGCCGCAGGCCUGGUCGGCCACACACAGCUUCAUCGACCCCGCGCUGGUUGCACCAUUUCACAACAACCAGUUCAUCAAUGGAUUUACCACUUCACACAGUUUCAAACCAGCGACGUCCCCCCUCACCGUCAGACACUACUCUCCCAGGAACAGGAAUCACAGUAAACCCCACCUGAGGCCAGCCGCCCCCCCGGUGGACCGCAGCGCGGGGCUCCUGGACAACCCGGGCCUCUUUCCCAGCUUCCCCAGCGAGCGGCUCAACGGGGUUCGCAGCAGCCCGCCGAUGCGACUCCCCGCCAGCCAGCCCAGAACCCGGUUACCCUCCAGCGCAGCCGUCCCCCGCCGGGACACGGUGGGCACGGGGCGGGUGACCGAGCCCACGACCCCCGACUACUCCCUGGGUCUCGGCCGAGGAAGGAAAAAGAGGGACGAAAAGUUUACAAGAGUGACGCCUCAGUCGCCUCCCCCUCCCCCCAAACCCCUGUCUCCGAGCUUCGAGCUGGGCCUCUCCAGCUUCCCCCCGUUGCCCGGGGCGGCCGGCCAGCUCAAGGCCGACGACGUGUUCGAGAACCGGCUGGCCAGCAGCGUCGUGGUCGGGAACGCCAAGGAGCGGAAUGUAAGUGCCGAGUCCAGUACCGGAGCAGUGCUUUCUCCAGCGGGCCCCAAGGAGCCCCUCCGGUCCCCCUCCUCCCCGAUGCCCACGAGCUUCCAGCCCAAGCCGACCGCCGCGCCGCCAUCGGCCCCGACCGUGACCCCGGCCGCCGCCACGCCGCGCAGCCCCGCCCCCUCCCUCCCGGCACCGGAGGUGAAGGUGCCGGAGGUGAAGCCGAAGGAGGUGCAGCUGUCCGUGGAGCGAGUCCCCGGCACGCUGUCCACUGCGAGCAAAUCGGUGCAAGUCAACGGCGCCGCCACGGAGCUGAGGAAGCCCUCCUACGCUGAGAUCUGCCAGCGGGCGAAGGACUCCCCGACGUCACAGCAACCGCCGACCCCGAAGGCCUGCGCUGCCUCCGCGGGCGAGGACAGGAAGUGCACCGACGCCGCCCCCUCACCGGGGGAGUCCAAGGCCAGAGAGACAUACUCCGCCUCCUCCAAAGCCGGCGCCGCGGCCGUCAGACCGCCGAGGGAGGCCCGGAGGCCGGCCGGGCGGUGGGCCUCCCCGCCCCCCCACCAAGGGAAGACCCCCAGCAAAGAUCCCCACCACACGCCGCCCAAGUCCCCGCAGUAGGGCGGAGUCCUCCGACCCCUCCCCUCUGCCGCCCCACGAUGCUCCACAGAUGCGUUUAAAUCCAACAAAAAGGAAAUAUAAGUCAGGGCUACUCGAUACUUAUAUCCCCCAAAUCAGCCGUCACCAACGAGAAUAAAGGACGCCUUCUCUUCUGGAUCAGGGCUUGCAGACAAAACGCACUUUACUGUGCAUGUUGCAUUCUUUUUAUCCUUAUUUAUUUUCUUUUUUCUAUUAUUAUUUCCGUCUGAUUUCUCCUUUCCCCCCCCCCCCAUUUUAUUUUCUUAUUUACAUCGUGUCGGCCUGCAAGUCGGAACAGACGACACUGAAAUUGAUUAAUUCUGUUCGAAUGGCCUUGUGCGAUUAGAUUAGUCAAUGGGGCAUUGUUGGAAGCCCCGCCCCCCCACCCCCCAAGUGGAUGAUGGGAAAGCGUGCAUACAACAGACUCCACCUUGUUUGGCUCAUAGUGAGGGGUUUGUCUGCAGAGUGGCACCGCUGUGCAACUUUAUGUCGCUUAAUUAUGAGUCAUAAUCAGCAGAUGUUUAAAAAAAAAUACAUAUUCAAAUCCAUAUGCAAGACUUGACAUCUAAAUCUCAUCGAGACUCUGAUCCUUUUGGUGUGAAUCGCCACCAAACUGAAUCAUUUUUUUGCAGAUUAAUUUCUACUAGAUUAAUUUAGUUUGGUUUGUCUGACGAUCGCCUCCUUCUGCCGUGUUUUUUGUUGUUGUUGUUGUUGCAGUUUUCUAACAUCCGCAGCUCCUAUCUAACGGCCGUGAGGCGAUAUCAGCGCUGUCGUUUUCUGUCUUUGUUUUUUUAUUUUCUGCGUCGGGAGACAAAUCGGGUGAGCGGUGCGUUUGUUUCGUUGCUCGCCGCGUUCAACAAGGCGUGGGCGGGCGGAGCUACAUUUUAUGGGGAAAAGCAGAGAGCGAGCUCUCCUUUUCAUUUCCUACUGAAUAACAACCGUGGAGUCAGGAACCGUCGGCGGGCGCACGCCGGCGAGAGAAAGCGGCGCCGCUGACCAACUUUACAGUCCGGCUGCGACGCGAAAGCGGUGAGAUCCGUGUUGCGGUUUGGAUCUUUUGGCCUCUGGUUCUGUCGCGGUGAGGAUCUUCAUCGAACGAGUGCGCGUGAAGUGUAGAAAGUGAGACGGUUGAAUAGAAUGUUUUACUACAAAUGAUGAGGAGGAGGAGGAGGAGGAGGAGGGGGGAGGAGAGUUUGCAAUGUGAUAUUUAGUUUGGGAGUCAAACCAAACGUCCGUUGUAAAGAUUUAGGCGUCCAGCAAACGGGCGGACGAGAGCAGGACGUCCCUCUGGGGGUGAAGACGCCCGGCUCCCUCCUCUUCCUCAGUCGAGUCUUUGCCACUCCGGUUGUCUGGUUUCGUUUUUCCUGCACCCGACGGAGGUCAAAUCUUAAACGAGUGUAGAAGGAAAACGACCGCGAGUCUUUUUUCCGGGGAUUCGAGUGAGGUAUCACGAAGUGAGAAGGCGGGGGAGGAGCCGUCCGUCUCAGUAGCAGCCACUUUGGCAGAUACCCACCGAGUCUCGGACGUUUUACUGUAUCCUCAAAAUGAAAUCUGCUGGAGAAACGAUUAAAAAAAGGUUAGUCUACGAGUUUUUGAAUGAUGUAACUUCAAUUAUGUAACGUUAAGUUUAGUACCAGACUUUUCUCCUUUUUGUUCUCCCUCCCUGAUCCUCGGUCGAGUGCUCGGGUUUAAUCUCUUUUUUUUAAAGUUGUCACCUCGGAUGCAAAACACCCCGAAAACAAAAACACUGUAACACACGAUGUCUGUUUGUUUGUUUUUGUUUUUUUGUUUUGAGGGGUAAAGAAAAACCUCCAAGUCUUCCUGCAACAAGAAGCAUUCUGGGUAAUCCCACUAUGAGAAAACAGCCCAUAAGGAGAGGGGGGAGCUUCACACACACAACACACAACACAAAACAAGCCUUUACUCCUGCUCUAAGCUGCUUUUUGAUUUGGAUGCGAAAUCUCGAAUUUCCAAAAUAUUUUUUUUUACUUGUUUGGAAUUUGUUUUUCUGAAGGACUGAGAUGCACUUGGAUGAGUCGAUUUAAUUUUAAUUUUUUUUCUCAUCGGUGGAAAUGGUAAAAGAUGAAAAUGCACCAUAUCCACUUAUUUAUAAACCAAUGCUGUUUAUUAUUCCAUGAGAAAUAUCGUUACGUUUUCUUUUUAGGGAGAAGAAAAUAAAAGGAGAUGCAUCGUUAUCUCUAUCUAUAUAUACCUAUCUAUAUGUGUGUAUAUAUGUGUAUAUAUACAUAUAUAUAGAUGUAUAUAUGCAACAUGUAAAAAAAAAAAAAAAAAAUAGAUUCCAUCCAGUGUUUGAGAAACUUGAAUUUCAUUUAAACUUGAAGAUGACUUUGCCUUAACUUUUAUACAAGACAAGCAUAGAGUUUAUUUCUUUUCACACAAAAAAAAAAUCCCGAACUGUUAACAAAACGUAGAAAAUAUUUAGUCGGACGUUACAAGUCUAACAGAGCGAGAGAGAAAGUACAAAUACUAGCAGCGUGUUGUUUCUGUUCCCUUUGUUUUGCAAACUGUCCGAAAAAAUAAUCGUUUUGUUUAUUGUAGUUUCAGGUUGUUGUUGUUUUUCUUUGGGGGGGGGCAUAAAACUUGUAAAUGCAACUAGUCGAUACUGUAUUAAAUGUGUGCACUUUGAAGUGUGUGCUUUGCUUGUACAGUUGUAAAUACUCAGAAAAAUAUAAGAGGUACCUGAAAAAUGAUUAUAAAAAAUAUAUUGAUCUUGUUGAACUAUUAAUGUCGCUAUGGAGCUGGAUGUCGGAGUAUACACAAAAAAACUUACUGUUGUGCUUUUUAGAAAUCUGUUAACGUUUUUUCUUUUUUCUUUUUUCUUUUUGGGGUUGUGCAGAGCGUGAAAUCUGCUCCUCUCUGCAGGGCAGCUUGUCUGAUUGUACAUUAUUUGUUGUCUUUCAUUCCAUUUUUCGUACAGGUGCCCCCCCCCCCCCCCCACACACACACACACACACACACCACUCACUGCACUAAUUGGAACGAGCCUGUGGUACUGACAUCUUAAUUAAUCUUACAAAGCUGCAACAUCCUCUCGUGCUCUCGGCUUCAUCUUCUAUUGUUUACGUUUGACAUUUCUAUUUUUUUUUUGGGGAGGGGGGGGUUUAAAAAAAAAAAAUCCCACUACAUGUUAGAUUGUGUCGCCGCCAUUAAUGUCGUUUUAUUUGAGUUAUUUUUUGUUGUACAUCUAUAAAAAUCCGAGAAGAUGACGACAUGUAUAAUAUAAGUAUUACCGUUCGGAGAGUUCCCCUCGUAGACGUGACACUAACGCUGAGCUCGGCGCUACGUAAUCGAACCGCGGCGCGACCGCGCGCGACGGAGCUCCGCGAUUGGGCGAUAUUCAACGCGAUCGAAGGCUGGAGUUUGACACCUUUUUUAUUUUAGGGUUUUGUGCUUUUUCUGUCCAAAUCCAAAGAUGUACGCGUAUCUUUUUACUCAUUUACUGGGUGGUGAAGCACAUUUUUGGGAUGAAAUGCUCUUUGUUUCUUUGGAACUGGAAGAUCGGAUUAGUUUAGCAUCGAGACCUGGAAACGGGAGGCGGAGCCAUAGAACAUUGAAGAAAAAAAACAAUCAAGUGGCAACUUCACCAUCUCCACGAUGCAAUUCACCAGCGUAGCAGGAAAGCGUGGUGGAAUUAACACGCUAGCUCCGCCACGCGCUAGCUCCGCCACACGCUAGCUCCGCCACACGCUAGCUCCGCCACAGGCUAAUGCCACGCUGGUCCUCUACGCCCAUCUCCUAUAUAUCGUUUUUUGCCUUCGCUCUUAUUAUUCUGAUUAUCGAGAUGUUAUUUAGAGGUUCUGGUGGGCGGAGCCUGGCUAACUGUUCCCGGUCUUUUUAUGCUAACCUAACCCGCUCUGUGCUCAACUAUGUAAUGUCGAUAACGAUGUAUUUUUCUCGGUAACGAUACAACAACAAAAAACGUGUUUAUAUGUUUUUUUAUCAUUUACUUCAAAAUCCUGUUUUUUCUUUCUUCAUUUCGAGUAAAGAAAGUCGAUGUUUUCUAAUCAAAUAAUCUAAAAUGUCUGACCGGAAAAAAAAUUUACGCCCGAUUUUUUUCUUCUUCUAUGGCGCAGACCUGUGUUUGUUGAAAUGGUGCAUUCAAAUGCCCCCCGUGUUUGGUGUUUUUUGGGAGGUUCUCACAGUUUUCCGUUUCUCCUGGAACGUGGACAGAAAAACUACAAGAACUUUUCGAGAUAACUUUUAUUUUGAAAGAGCGAUUACCCGACGGACACGCCCCCUUUCUGUCUCAAAACACUCAAAUUGGGAGAUUUAUUUUUAUUUUUAUCACUUGCGGGUGAAUAUGUAUUUUUUUAUUUUAAAGACACUUUUGGGAAAUUAAGUGAAAUAGUGUCAUCGUCGCAGCUUGAGCUAAAAAUAUAAAUUCCACAAAAAGAAGCUCCAGACAAAACAACGGUUUCUCCUUCAUGUUCCUCAGAUUUCAUGACUUGAGACGUAAAUGUAUAAAUGAUUAAUGUUGGAAUCAGUUUUUAUUAUUAUUUGUUCAUGUUUCAUUUCUGGUACAUGGAGUGCGGUAACGUGUGCAGACGUCUUGUUUGAAACCACCGGAUCACACGGGGGCUGCAUUUUGAUGUGUGCAAAGAAAAGAAAAAACAAUAACUGUGCCAUUAUACGACUGUUGUCUUUUUUGUUGUUGUUGUUUGUUUUUCUUUCCGUCCGGGCAGUUUAACCUGUACAUAGCUGAGCGCUUUGCCAUCUCCGGCUUCUAGUUUUGUUUUACAUUUUUACUUUUUUUGAAGGUGUGAUUUGAUUUGUUUUUUUGUCGUUGUUUUUGUUGUUGUUCCCGAACGUCCAAUCAAAGACUGGAGAACUCACGUGACACGAGACUUUGCAAACCGGGCUCCGCCCUGAACGCGUGGGAUAAAUAAACGGACCACCCGGAGAGAGAAAAGAAAAAUCCAGAACCGGAUGACGGAGGCGACUGGUUUUUUUUCUUCUUCCGCCCCCUGGAGGGCGGUACCUCGGACUGGACGGUACCGCCUUUCCCCCCCAAAAAGGGGCGUGUUUCUAUUUUUUUGGCGGCGAGUUCUUUCGAGGGGCUCCUUUUCUCUCACGGACUUCCACGCGGAGCCUCACAUCGGCCUCUCGGUCGCCUCGGCCUCCUUCCUUCCUUCCCAUUCACCCGUUUUCUGACAGUGCCAUUUUGUUCCCCCCCCCCUCCCCCGUUCCCCCUCAAGGGUUGCAUCUUUUUAUUAUUAUUAUUAUUUCUAUUUCAAAGAUAUAAUAACGAAUGCACACCAACUGACUGGAACAAGAUUGCUCUUAACUCACUGUGGUUUAACUCAUUAACACGUAACAGCUGUGGACAAUCGGUGGCUCCGCCCCCCCGUUGGGGAUUGGAUAACUUUUGCCUAACGACACCUUUAACAGACGGGAAUCGGAGGUUGCGUUCAAGAGGGCUUCUUUAUUUUUUUUCCUUUUGUCUGCGUUCGGGUCUAUUCUUCCAUCGAGACUGGAAUCAAGCGUACGUGUCGGCUAUAGAUAAUUUAAGUUACUCUGUGUCAUGAUGUUAAACUGUCUAAUUUGGAGAGAAAAAAAUGUAGCUUACUGAAAAAUAAAGAUUUAGGCACUGUU